AUGACUAUGGACCUGCUAUAUUUAUUACUAUGUAUUUUUCUGGGGACCCUGCCCAUGAACUGUCAGCAGAAUCAGAACAUCACAGAGGAAUACCGAAUCAUUGACGGAUAUGACCCUGUCCCACAUUCUAUAAAGUAUAUAGUGUCUAUACAGACACGGUUACGCCAGCACUUCUGCGGGGGCUCGCUCAUAACCAAAUACUGGGUCCUCACGGCAGCACACUGUAAUAAAGGGAUAGACAACAUGAUGGUGGUGGCUGGAGACCACACUCUGAGGAUCUAUGAAGGCACAGAGCAGGAGAUCUUCCCCCAGGUUUUGGUACCUCAUCCAGAAUUCAACAGUCAGACCAAUAACAAUGAUAUAAUGCUCAUAAAGCUCCAGGUGCCGGUGUGGUUGAAUAACUUUGUCUCGAUCAUCAUCCUGCCGCGUCAGGACGCUACCCUUGCUCCGGGGUCCAUGUGCCGUGUAUCAGGGUGGGGCAGCAUCAAUCCAGAAGGGGACGGUAUAUCGUCCAUCCUACAAACCGUCAAACUGCCCAUUGUGUCCUCAGAACAAUGCAACAGUAGCACCUCGUACAACGGGUACAUCACAAAACACAUGCUCUGCGCUGGAUAUAGUACCGGAGGGAAGGACGCCUGUAAGGGGGAUUCUGGUGGUCCGCUGGUUUGUGACGGCCUGUUGUACGGCGUCGUAUCCUGGGGCAACGAGUGUGCUAUGCCUGGGUAUCCUGGAGUCUACACAGCAGUGUCCAUAUACCGCUCGUGGAUAGAAAACACUGUGUUUAGCUUUUACCGGAGGUGUAACUGA